AUGGGCGAGUACUCGAAAGCACUUUCAUCGUACGAACGAUCAUUUGAAAUCCAAAAAAUAGCUCUCCCUCAAAAUCAUCCCGACUUGGCUACUUCCUAUAACAACAUCGGUAAUGUGUAUUACAACAUGGGCGAGUGCUCGAAAGCACUUUCAUCGUACGAACGAUCACUUGAAAUCCAAAAAAUAGCUCUCCCUCCAAAUCAUUCCGGCUUGGCUGCUUCCUACAACAACAUCGGUAAUGUGUAUUAUAAAAUGGGCGAGUACUCGAAAGCACUUUCAUCGUACGAACGAUCACUUGAAAUUCGAAAAAUAGCUCUCCCUCCAAAUCAUCCCGACUUGGCUUACUCUUACAACGGUAUUGGUUCAGUGUACGACAAAAUGAAAGAGUAUUCGAAAGCUCUUACAUAUUUUGAAAAAGCACGAAUUAUUUGGAAAAAGUCUCUUCCUCCCAGUCAUGGGUAUAUUUCACAUGUGAAAAGAAACAUUGACAAUGUGAAAAAGAAAAUGUAAUUGUUUUUUUUAAACAAGAAAAUAAAUUGCCCUUCUUGAACACGUUUGGCUCGCCGAAGCGCACCAACUACAAAAAUUUCGCGCACGCGCGACCAGGGAUACCCUCCGUAUUCUGUUGGGUUGUACAGUGGACAAAGUCGGCAAUGAUAAGGCAAACAUACAUUUAUGUAUGUAUGACUAGUACAUCCAUGAUCAUCAUCUUCUGAAAGACGAUGACGAGAUGGAUGCUUCUCGUCAUACAUACAUAAAUGUAUGUUUUAAAGGCCUACCAUCUGCACGCCUGUACAGGUUACCAACAGAACGUCGGAUAACCCUGGGAAGGUUCAUUUUGUUUUAGAGCCACCCUCGAAAGCUCCGUUUGUUUUAAUUUUUUUUUUCUUCUGUUACGAGGAACGAGAAGAAACAUAGAAACGCGAAGAAAGACGACGUCGACGGAAUUUUAAUACGCAGCGUAUAAUGACAACCGGUUUGUUUUGACGCAUGCUGUGAUAUUGAGUGCACGAUAUCUCUAUUGUCUUUACACAUGUUAUGUUCAAUUUAUUUUUCUUUUCAUCUGGAAUGUGUAAGAACAAAUGAGAUGUCGUGCACUCAAUAUCAUAUUAUACGAGUGAUGACUGAACGAAAGAAGAACAGAAAAAAAAAUUAUCGAUUAUUCUGUUUGAUUAGUAACAUACAUAUAUAUAAGAGAUAAUUGAAAGAAGAAAAUAAAAAGAAAUUUUUAUAAAUUUAAUCAUUUUGUUACUUAUUACAUAACGUUUUAGAAAAAUACUAUUUUACGAUCAUAUUGAUUGAAUAUAAUAUAAUAAAACAGAAGUUCAAAUAGAUCAAGUGCAGUAAUUGAUUUUUUUUAAAUAAGAAUUUACAGUCAAAAUUAUGGAUCUAAUAUAAAGAUUUGUUGUAGAAUAGUUUUUCGUUCAUUCAUUGAUGAAGGUGAAUAUUCAAUCGACGUUAGACUUUUUCCGUCAACUAUUUAUUCAUUUAUUAUGAUUAUCAAAAAAUGUUUAAACUUAUUUAUUUAGCUUUAAAAUGAAUGAAUUGAAUAUAAAAUAAACAAAAUGGAUAAACUAAGUAAAUUACUUGAAAUUUUAAAAUUAUUUUCAACAACAACAUGUUAUCGAAAGUUUUUUUUGAUCUAGAGAUAAAGAUGAAAAUAAUUCUAAAUCAGUUACGACUAUUGUAAAAGUAUUAUAAAAGAAAUUUUGGUGCUUGUCUGUUAUCGCCCCGCAAAAAUUUUUAAAAUUUUUUUAAAAUUUUCAUUCUGAGAUAAAAUACGAUCAUAAUAAAUAAAACAGCACAUCGUUAGUACUAGUCUUCUGGUGGCCAAAAUGCGGCGAUAUCAUCUAGAAUCGCAUCAAACGGGUCACGCCCAUUCAGCCUUGAACACCACAUAUGUUCACAUAGAUAUGAAUCGACAAAAGUUCGAUUGGUCCCUUACUUUUUCCUGUUUUCAUCCUUCGGAUCUCGCCAAGCUCUUUCGAUAGUUUGCGUGUGGGCUCCAUUUGUGGAUCUACGAAAUUGUACUUAUGAUUGAUGGUAAGGUGAGCAAAGCCAGUGGCAGCCAAUUCGUUGUAACUGCGCCAUUUGUCUAUUAUGAUUGUUGUUCCGGGUUUGACUCGAUUGGUGAUGUUCGGAAGAAGCGUGGCUGCACUUUUAUCUGGAACAGUUUCCAUAAAAUACUCACCAGUUUCUCGGCAGAUUCCACCUAAGACCCAUUGCUGCGGUAAUACAUGUCCAGCAUGAUUCUUUCUUCGACUGAAUAGACUUUCGUCGAUCUCCACAGUGAUAUUGAUUCCUCCAAUCAUCAUUUGUGUCUGUUGAAGUUUCCAAGCACAUACUUCCCUUAAGUAGUUGUUCCAAUCCACGACAGCAUUUUGACCGAUUUGAAGUUCAUCUUUUGAAAACUCCACCGAUGUCCUUCUUCGAGACCAAGAAUAAAUGAAUAAAAUGACUUUCGAAGAGGAAGUCUCGAACCAACUAACCAAUUAUUUGUGCGUAAACCUUUAUCUUGACGACAUCCACUUAAGCAGCAUCUCCAUCAAUCUUUAGCACCCAAGGACAAUUUCAUUUUGUGGUCAUUCUUGCAAAAUCUUUGAGCUUGUAUUAUUCCACGUUGUUGUAAAUAUUCGACGCUUGAAAUCUCAUCAGGAAUUUGUUCAGACAAACGUAGGAAAUUCAUGAUGAAAAUGUGUACAGAAUAUGAUGAUCUGUCACGUACUAUCUACUAGUCAAGAUAAAGCUGAUCGUCACACAUACAUUUUUAUUGUUUAACAGACGGAUAUAUAUAUGUGAGAGGAAAGAACCUACUAGAGAGAUCUACAUGAGCAAUAUAUAUAAGAUAGAGAUAGAAAGGAAAGAAAGAAUGCACUUGAAUAUACUAGAACCAUACAUACAUGCAUUCAUGCAUGAUAGCAGAACGAAAGAAGAUAUAGAUGAAAUCACAUACAUGCUGGCAUCACAGCAAUAAUAGAAAGAAAGGAAAUAUGUACUAGUCAUAAUACGGGCAUGAUAGGAAUGAUAAUAAGAUGAAAAGAUAGAAAGCUAAAGGGUAUGAUAAUAUUAAAAAAGUAAAAAUAAUUUUGCGGGACGAUAACAAACAAGUACCGAAAUUUUUUUUUUUAAUAAUUUUGUAUGAAUUGUAAAAUAGGAUUAUAAAAGAUAAUCCUAAUGUUGAAUAAAAAGCAUUCAAAGGUUUGUUUUAUUUCAAUUUCAAUUAGAUGUUCUAUGGCGAUUUGACGAAUCAGCAAAUGUAAUACAUUCGAAAAAGAUUCAACCAUUUUAUCAGAAUAUGAUGAACUUAUUUUUUAUUUUCUUGGUUGAUCAAUUAAUGAUGAAAAAAUCAAAGUAAGUAAAAAAGAAAAUUCUUGUCAUCUAAGAAACCUCUUCUAAAGAAGUAAUCAGAAAAAACUUAUGCGAUUGAAUAGAAACAUAGAAAAUGAUUGUACAAUAGGUAGUCACAUACUAUUCGACAAAAUACCGAUUGAGAAACUGUCCAUCAUUUGCAGUAAGAAUAAUAAAAUUUUAUUUAUCAUUAAAUAUCAAUGAGAAAUUAAAUAAAUUAGUCAUAGUUGAUUUACUUACAAUCGUUAUAGUUAAGAUAUGAAGUCGAGUGAGAAUGAAUUUUUCUUUUUUUGUCCUAAUAUUAAUAAUAAAUUAUUUUCAGGAACCUCUCAUGUCCUAUUUAGUGAAUAUGUUAUCCUAUGAUUAUAGCACGUUUUCUAAUGAUAAAUGUAACUGAUAAGUUUUCUUUCAAAUAAUUAUUUCAAUUAAAUAUAAUUUGUCUUUUAUUUAAAACGGAUCAAUUAUUUGAGCAUUAUAAUCAAAAUCAUAGUACAAAUUUUAAUAAUUGGUUAUCUUAAAUUACAUGUCAAAAUAUUUCAAUCAUGAUCAAGAAAAAGUCAACGAUCAAUAACAAGAACUAGAAAUAUUGGUA